GGAGGGAAGGAAGGUAGCGAAGGGAGGGCAAGCGGGCACCGGCGGGGCUCGCAGCCCCCCGGGGGUACCGGCGGGUCCGGCGGCGGCGGACGUGAAAGUCCCCUUUAAGUUUCCAUAGAGAGGCCUCCGGGUGUCACAUGAUGGACAUGAUAUAACGAAACAACAUCGUGGGGAGGGACGGAGGGAAGCAGUGGGGGAGCCCGGGGAGGCGUCGGGGAGGUGGCGGUGCCCCCCGACCCGCCCGCCGCGGCUGCACCUGUCUCGGCGCGCCGGGAGCGCGGUGUCCGCCCCGCUGAUGGGGCUGCGGGCGGCACCUUCCCCCGGGGAGGAGGAGAAGGAGGAGGAGAAGGAGGCGAGCCGGUGGCGGAGGAUGAAAUACUACACAAGUUACUGAGGCAGAGAGAAGGCAUCUUCCUUCACCCAUAACAUACUGAGGCACGAAGAGUGAUGCUGAGAGCCAAGGUUUCUGAUCUGACCCUCCUCCUCAGAGCUCCUGAACGUGAAGAUUCUCAGCUCAACAGAGGCUGCCUGCUUGUGGCAGGCAAAAUUAUCAUUUGCACUCACAGCUGAGGGUUUUGAUGGGGUUGGUGACCAGCUCUAGCACAGCACAGCUCCUUUUCCUUCUCCUUUUCCUUCUCCUUCAUCACCAGCUUGGAACCAGGAAUGGGUGAGACUUCUGCUGCUUCCCUCCUAACGAGGUUUUCUGUGACUCUUCCACGUCCUCCUGCUGCUGCUGCAUCCAACGUGGAUCCGAAUGCUGUGGCUACAAAGGCUUGUCACUGUCUCAUGCUGGGUCCCUCACAUCCAAGAGCUACUUGGCAGUUUCCAAGGCAACCACCUGUGGAAUAAUUAAAAAGGAUGAAAUGUUAGCGUGCCAGAUCUAAGGAAUUCUUGCCUGGAGAGAGCGUUUCACUUUCUUCACGUCUUGAAGAAUCAAAACGUGCUUCUGCCAGCAAAGUUAAGAGAAAGAAACGGUGGCUGAGUUGCACAAGUGAACCAGGACGACGCAAAAUUAAGUCAAAGAGGAAUGCUCAUUUUCCUAUUUUAUUCUGAGGACAAACCUGUCAGUAAUGAAUUGUUCCAGAAGUACACAGAGAAAGCUCUUGCAUGGUAGAAGCUGUUUUUUCUCAGGCUGAAACUCAUCUCAACUCCUCAUGACCAGCUGAGCAAGAGAGAUGGGAUUUGAUGCUAUCCAAGGUGUAAUUCCACAGUUCAUGUCUUCUGCUAGUGCCAGCUUAAUCACUUUCUGCCCACUCCCAGCCAUUCAUUCCCAGCUCAGCAGCAAUGCAGUGCCACCUCUUCCCUGACCCUGUGGAAAACCAGAUCUCCAUAACCCCUUUAGAGGAUGACUGAUUUCUUUUGGUGUUCAGAGUCAAUAAUAAUUUCUAGCACCAUUUGAAAUCGGUUAUAGUGAUUGGGGAAUUGCACCUCGAGAAUUUUCACAGAAGAGGCUCCAGAGAGAAGCUUUAAUGGUCCUCUGUGUGAAGAUGAUCCUUGAAAUGGUUUGGAAAACCUUACAGUGCUGGGAGGGAAGAUCAAGGGAGAUGGUUUUCCCAGUGUGGAUUUUGGAUCAAAGAAGAAGAACCCCACCCUGUUGGCUUAAUGAUCUGUCUGUGAGGUAUGAGGAAAUAAAAGGAGCAGCAGGAAGCCUUCCAAUCUGCAGCUCCCAUACUCUGGACAUGCUGAAAGCAAGAUCUCAUGGAGGUUAUCCCUGCCAGCCUGAGAGCUUCUGCCAUUCUCCUCUUGUACACUCCUUACAGAGUAAGCCAUAAACAGCCUGAGUCACCUCUCCAAGGGGGUUUAAUAUAUAUGAAUUCUGAAAUUUCAGCUGUUCAGAGACACAGCUGGCUGGAGGCAGAGUCAAAGGUGGGUCCUGUCCCCAGUUCCAGCAGGAUCUCAUUAUCCAUGAAGACAAUCUCUGAAAAUCAUCCUUCAGUCACCUGAUCAUUUUGCAUUCAGCUUUUUGGGAGUUAAUGACACCAACUAACCUACAGCAACACAUCACACACCAGCCUGCAGCAAGGCAUCCCUGUAGCAGGGGAUGUUUUCCUGGAUGUCCUGCAACAGGAGCAGAAAGGAUGAAAAAAGGAAGAAAAUUGCCUGAUGAAAACAGAAGCAUUUCAGCUUGAAAUAUAUCUAAGGAAGAGGGAGGCGUGCUGCAGGAGCAUCUCCUCUGGAAACAUCCGGAACUUUGGGGCUUCAGGCAGAAAAGCUGGACCAGCUGUGUGCUCCCACCUCUGCUGCUGAGCAAGAGGAUGUUCAGCAUGGACUGGUCAGUGAAGUGGUUACAGACCCUGGGUCAGAAGAUAGUCCCACUCAGCUCCUUGAAAUAGAAGGCAAAAAAUGUUUUUCCUGAUGUCAUUCUCACUCUACUGGAUUUCCAACAACUUUCCAAGAGCAGUCCAUGGAGAGAUGUGUGGAGAGAUGUGUGGCUGCCUGCUCUGCUGUCUGGAUUGCUGGGUAUUUAAGUCCCCUUUAUGUGCAGUUUCUGUCUGUGCUGCCUUCUCAGCAUCAUGUCUGUCUCCCCCAGAGGAUUCUUCUCUGGAGAAGCUGCCAUGGAAGCAGAUGAUCUGUCCUGGGGGCAAGUCAAUAAAACCAUUUUCUCCGUGUUAAAGAAGUUUUUUAAAGCCCCCUUGGCACCAAAAAAAAAAAAAAGGAGAGGUGAGCCUUGGGAUCACAAAGAUUUGAGUUCAGUAUUUUGGUGCUUGUGAAAGUCAAAGAUUGGUUUGGGUUGAAGGGACCUUAAAGCCCAUCCAGUCCCAUCCCCCUGCCAUGGGCAAGAACACCUUCCACUAUCCCAGGUGGCUCCAAACCCUGUCCAGCCUGGCCUUGGACACUUCCAGGAAUCCAGGGGCUGCCACAGCUUCUCUGGGCACCCUGUGCCAGGGCAUCUCCACCCUCACAGGGAAGAAUUAUUCACAUAUUGUUGCAGAGGGAGGAUUUUUCGGUCUUUACUUCUCCAAAGCAAUCAGUGUGUCAAGCCCUGUGUAACUCUGGCUGGAUUCCAGCCUGGAAAGCCAGACACUGACCCUGAUUUGGAGCAGCACAGCCUGGGAUGGAGUGGCUGGGAAGGGGCAUCAAAGCUCUGUGUGGAGGAGCCGGCUGUGACAACAGUUUGCCAAGCAACGCAUGGCAGAGCAUGGACAGCAAGAGGAAUAUUUGCUGUUUGAGAAGGAACUGGUUGAAAACUGGUUCUGUGGUGCCCUGUGAGCUGACAAAUUCCUGGACAGAUGAGCACGUGGCAAAGGCUGCUUCAGCCUGCAUAAGUGGCCCCAGUCACCAGCCAAACCAAACACUUGAAGUCUAAAUCAAAGCCCAGAAAGAGCAAAUCAGUGCUUAAGGUUCCUACCAAAUCUCAAAGUCCCACACAGCAGAAAUCAAUGCCAUGGAAUGCCAUGACUAUGGAUAAUUUCCAGCACCACUGAUGGCUUUGUGUUCCCCUGUAGCUGGACCUCUCAGUAAAGGUUAAAUCAAGCUGUAAUUGACCCUAAAAGCCAGAGAGACCAGCUUGAACACUGGCUGUGUCACUGGUCACCUGUUCCUUCCCAAGCUAUGGACCAUGGACAGGCCAGCAGAGUUGGUAGGGACAACUUUUCCAUUGGGUUGAGUUCAGCCUAGGGACAGAGCUGAUCAUUUGGGUGAUAACACAUCCUCUGCACCCACAAGCUGUACUCUGGGACAUUUUCUCCAUUUUUAUGGUGCCUCUGGAGCUGCUCCUUUAUGACAUUACCCCAGUGAAAUUCCCUGUUUAUGACAACGGGCAGAUUUAUGACCAGGUAUACAUUGCACUGGGACUCCUGAGGGAUCAGCCAAGUGUUUCUCCAGGGAGAAGAAGAAAGGAACUCUUCAGCUGCCUGUUCUGAGACUCUGCUUCAAGGGGAGCAAGAGCCCUUCACUGAAAUCCUGCCACCAUGCUGGGGCUGCUGCUGCUGCUGCUGCAGGUGUUGGCCAGCUGCCUCUGGCUGGGACACAGCGAGGUGGUCAAGUCCUUUGAAACUUCAUGUCCUCAGUUUUUUUUCCGGGAGAUCCCCCCGAAUGAUGCCCUGGAGCCACAGAACCCAGCCUGGAUCUGUCAGCGCUACAAGAACCAGUAUUACUUUGCCACCCUGUAUGACAGGAAGAUGCGUAUUCCUGUCUACUCUGCUUACAUCUACCAGCCUGGACCGGGAAAAAGACCUAAAAUUUGGCUGGUUGAGCCCCAGCUGAUUGGCCCAGCUUAUCCCAAAACUAUGGAAAAAGAGUGGACAGUCUUAAAUCAAUACAAUGUCACCUUAGAGAAACUCAGCCAGAGCCAGGCUAUCCUUCAUGACUACAAGAACCUGACAGGUUUGAACCGGGGCCAUUUGAACCCUAAUGGCCACCACGAUGACUACAGCAGCAGGGUGGCCACCUUCACCCUCACCAACAUAGUGCCCCAGGAUGAGAAACUCAACGGCGGCGCCUGGAACAACUACGAGCAGCAAACGAUGAUCAGGAGAACCCAGGGCUGUAAAACCACCUAUGUCAUUGUGGGUGCUGUGCCUGGGAACAACUACAUUGCCAAGGGGAGGGUUAAUAAACCCAGCCACCUCUGGUCAGCUGCCUGCUGCGUGGUGGACAACAACUACAUAAAGGCUUGGGCGGUCAUCGCUGAGAACGACAGGAACCAGGUUGAGCUCCUCACCCUGGGAGAGCUGGAGGACACGUUAACUGAGCUCUAUGGGAGGGGACAGGUUUCCCUGUUUGACAGUGACUGUCCCCGAGAAUAAGCCUCACAUCCUAGCUGGAACAGGCUCAGGAGCUUUUGCCAUAUGUCACAGAAUCACAGAAAGGUUUCGGUUUCAAGGAAUUUCAAAGACCAUCCCUGUAGUCUCAGCUCCUGAGCCAUGGGCAGGGACACCUUCCACUAUCCUUGGUGGCUCCAAGCCCUGUGCUAGUAAGUUUCUUUGUUAUGAAAUUGUGGUGUUAUAAGUUCAAAUUUGUUUGUUCCAGUUGUCCCCCAUACAUAUUGGUUUGUCCCUGAGCAAUGUCCACCCAUUCCCCUGUCUAUCUUCCUAAAGACCAACCCCUUAUUCCAGAGUCUUUCCUGCCACUCAGGGAGACCCUGCCCUCCUCCUUUGUCCAUCACAGAAAUCCCACCUUUGUUUCCAGAAACUUCUGUGUCCAUCCUGGAUCCCUGGAAUGCCUAUUGGUCUGCUUGGCCUGCUCUCCUCCCCUGUUGUGUCCCACUGGAUGCCAUGAUGUACACCCCACCUUGUGCCCCCCCCCAGGUGUCUCACCAUUGGUCCAAGUUUGUAUCCUCCCCAUGUUCCCUCCCCCAUACUUAUGAUGCUGUUACCCUGUUGGAACUGUCGCUUGUUCCUGGAUCCUGUCAGAUUAAAGCAUUUUGAGAACCUAUACAAGUGAUCCCUCUCUUUUCCUUCACUCUGGACUCCUUGACUCAGGAUUCUAGCAGCAGCUGCACAGAGCAGCUUUGGUGCCUCUGAGGGUGAGGCAGCCCUGCUUUACUGACACCCAGCGUGGGGCAGACAGGGGGCAGCCACUCUUGGCACGGGCCAGGAGCUUGGGCUAGCUGUGGUCAUCUCCAAGUGGUCAGCCUGUGUCACUGUCCAACCUGGCUUUGAA